GUGGCAUAAAUCAGUGUUUCUGGAUACGCGCAGGUUAAAAAUAAUCAUCUUGCUGUACUAUCUGCUUUUAAUAGGAUGUGUUUUGGGCUCUCCCCGCGUCCUACCACCCAAACUUCACAAGAAGACACAACUAGCUAUAACAGCUUCACAAUGAAGAUUUGUGCAGAUUGUGCCUUUAAAAUAAUAGUUGAUAGACACGAGCAACGAAAUAGAAAGUAGGUAAAAAGAGAAAUGACAAUUGAUGUUUGAAUAUAGGGUCACUCCGGCACCAGAUCAGUUAACCUUUUAAAGAAAACGCUGUUUGGAUUUGACAUUAAGAAGCAACAACAAACUUUUACCUCGUUUUUUAAAAAAAAUAUAUAUAAAAAUUGUUGUGUGCUGAAAACAUCUAUGAAUAACAUCAAAAUAAAGCAAUUAAAAUUUUUCUGUUCAUUUAAGUCGGAGCUGCACACGACAUCAUGUCUGCCAUCAAAGUCUGCGGUAUCUCAGCCACAAAAGAGUGCAUGGAAAGAAUAUUCAGUAGUACAUGCGGGACAUCGAAACUUCCUGCUUUCCAAUAAUGUAUUUGUCCACAUGGAUGGACUUUUACUGUCCUUUACGCCCUCACUUGAUAUUGGGGAGCGAUAACCUCAGUCUCAGAGAGAUGGUGAAAACAUCCAGUAGAAUGAAAAGGGAGUUAUGAUGAAGAAUAUUGUUUACAAGAGUAAACAAUAUUCUUCACAUUCACAUCAGAAUGUGAUGUUUCCAUGAUACUGAGUAGCUCUGCUCUUUCACAUGUUCCUACAAGAAUGGAAAAUGUUUGUAGGAAUUUAUUUAUAUAUAUAUUUUUAGGAAUAUUGUAAAUUUGAAAGUGUAUUUUCAAUACACCGAUUUAACUAUUAAAGCAAUAAAUACAUUGUUGUAUAAAAGCUAAGAAUAAAUCAAAUUGAGCUUUUAUUAUUUAUGUCUUUGUCAAUACUAGUGAUGCACCUAUACGAACAUUUAGGCCAAUAUCGACAUCAUGGCUGAUAUUUGAUAUUUACCAAUGUUAUUUAUAUUGUAUAUGUUUCUGUACUCUUUUUCCACCAUGAAAAAUGACCACACUGCUGACAUUACUUCUUUACUUCAGUUAAACAUCCCAUAGUCCUUUACUGCAUCACUGUGACAUGACCAAAUGUCCACCCAUCUGGAAACAUAUACACAAAUGUCAACAAGAUGGAAAUAAACAGUGGUCAUUAACAUCGGCCCAGGUGUACUUAUUGAACAGCUACUAGUAUGUUAAAAAUGACUAACUUUGAUCUUAAUGCCCAUAUGUGAGCAUUGCUAAUCAAUAUUACUCAAAAAUAUUAAAUGAGAAUAAACUCAAACAGAAGACAAUGUCUUUCUAUUACGACAUUAAAAAAAAAAAAAAGAUAAUAGAGACUAGCAUUUCCAUGCAUCUUGCAAGUGCUUUGUGUUCAUGUACACCGUGUGAGGAAUUUCUGAGUUUAUUCGUUUCACUUUAAUGCACUUUAGAUAUCAACAUCUACACAAUUACAUGUGAAGGAGGCUGCCCGUUAACACACACAUGCAUGCAAACCAAGAGUGUCCAACUCCAGUUCUCAAGAGUCCUGCAUGUUUUUAUGCUUUCCUGGUUCAGCAGGGAAGUCAGGCCUGUGCAGAGCUUGGCAGCAUGCGUCGCAGGGAAUUCAUCCAUUUAUUCAGUCGUGUUGAAGCAGCGUGUUGGCUUUUGAGGACUGGAGAUGGGAACCCCUCGUCUAAAUGUUUCCAUAAAUACUUAUUCAGUUCAACUUCGAGUCAGAAAUACUUCAUUAAUUCUCAAGGGAAAUUACAUUGAUGAAGCUGAAUAAUAAUUCAGGGGAAAGUGCAGCAGGCUGACAGCACUUUUAGAAAAUGCAUUCUUCCCAAUGUUCUCACUUAAUUUGUUUUAGAUACAAAUCUCAGUUUCCAUAUAUAUAUAUUUGACGCUCUUUAUCUUUCAAUUGCCAGAUGAAGCUUUAAUAUUUUAGUCAUCCUUUUUGGGGAUUUUAAGCUUCUGGCCAAGAGGCCUCACGUUAACACACACUCAUUUGAAAAUGAACAGGCAAUGGAAGAGCUAUUUUUAAAAUGAUUGUUAAUCAAUUUAAGAGAGUUCCAUUUCAAAAAAAUAAUAAUUUCAAAGUUCCAAAUCUGUCCUGAUUUGAGAAAUCUGAGCCUCAGUGAUUUUGAAGUGACGUAAUUUUGUUGAGAGUUGUGAAACAGAGCUUCACUACACUGCUCAAACGUCAACCCCUCCAUCAAGUUAUUUUGUAUUUUAUGGAUCAUACAGAGAAAAUAAUCUGUCUGUUGCAUGAGUGUUGAUGACUUCAAAUGAAAUGUCCAGAACUGGGAAAUAAAGGUAAAAAAAAUGUAAUUUUGAAAUGAAAGAUGUGUAAAAACUCUGUUCUCUCUUUCCAUUUAAUUAAGACUAUUAUCUAUAAGCCUGCUCAUAAUUAUUACUACUUUACAAGCCUAAUUAUUAAGCAAUUCUUGUCAAAGUUUAGCUAAAAAAUCUGUGUGCUUUGAUGUGAAUUCUGCAGUGUUUUUCAUUGGUAGCAGCUUUCAAAGAAUUUAGUUGAAUUAGUGCAUUUGUCUCUGUAAAUCGUCCCGUUAGCUCGGUCUGCAGUCUCCUGUUUCUCUCUGUGUUUCUUCACUUUCUUCAGAUCUGUCCCCUGCUUCUCCUCCCCUCUGCUCUCUUGGCUGGGGAAAGGCAGUUUUUUUCCAAACGCAACGCCAGAAGCGGACGUUAAGAAAGUAUCAGACUUAACCGGAAUCAAUGAGGGAGCCAGAACGGGAGGAGCAGCCCGAAGACAACAUGCCCCCCAAGUUUAAGCGACACCUCAACGACGACGAGGUCACCGGAUCCGUCCGCAGCGAGAGGAGGAAUCUGCUGGAGGAAGACUCUGAUGAAGAGGAAGACUUUUUUCUGAGAGGUCCAACCGGACCCAGAUUUGGACCUCAGAAUGACAAAAUGAAGCACGUGCAGUCCCAGGUUGACGAGGUGAUCGACGUGAUGCAGGAGAACAUCUCCAAGGUGAUAGAGAGGGGCGAACGCCUCGAUGACCUGCAGGACAAGUCCGAGAGCUUGUCGGACCAUGCGUCUGCGUUCAGCAGCCGAGCCAAACAGCUGCACAGGAGGAUGUGGUGGAGAGACAUGAAGAUGAAGAUGAUUAUUGCACUGGUAGUCGUCGCUCUUCUGCUGAUCAUCAUCAUUCCAGUAAUCCUUCGAUAUCGGAAGUGACCGAUGAGGAUGAGGUGGACCGUUCCUCCUCAUCCCCCCCGCACCCCCCGCUCCCGGCCCACCUGCAGCUUCUCAACUGUCCAAACCAUCUUCAGAGUUCUCCUCUUCACCCUCAGUUCAGAUCUUACAAUCACAUCCUGAUCCGAGAUCAGUUCUGCUCGAUGAAGUUAAGGGAAAGCAAAAACAUUGACUUAUGUUUUGGCCCUGUUGUCCAUGUAAAGGGAGCGCUUCGUGCCACGACACAUAUCACAGGCGCUGGGGGUUUGGGCCUUUGUCCUUCGUGUUGCAUCUCAGAUAAAUUCUCCAGGACCGGGGGAAUCCGACAGUCUGCGUUAGUUUAUCUCCUGUGAAUCUGCUGCAGCAGAGGCUGUAAACUCCGAGCAGAUGAACCUCUGAUGUCUUCCCACAUGUGCAUCUCAAACACCAACGGCAGAGACGGUUUUAAAGGGGACACCUAAGUAGUACAAAGCACAUUUUUAAAAUUCUCUCCCGCACGAAGCGAGAAGACAUCUGAGUCUCAUCUGAGGUUCUUUUUUUCUUCCAUUUUAAUGUGAAGAAAAGAACAAUGGGAAACCAAAACAGCCACGUUCUGAAUGUCUGUUCACCGUUCUGUGCUCUAAACCUCUUACUUCCUGCAGGAUUGUGCUGAUCUCUGGGCUCCUUUGAUCACAGCUGUUCAGGUUUUCAAUUUACUCCCAACUCUGCAAACAGUUCUGUUCGGUUUAAAGCUGCUUUUUGCUUACUUUCCCUCUUAAGUUGUUACUAUUAUUUCUGGUUUAUGAAGUUCUGUAUGAGCGCUGGUAUUUGCUACUGAGGGGGACGGUUUAUCUCUGCACUGUUAUGACUGAGAUGGAAGGUCUUAUGUAAUGUGAAUGGAAACCAUAGGUGUAGUUGUGAUUGGUUAAAGUCCACAUUGUAAUUUGAUUAUUUUUGCGUAUUUAUUUUAGCUGUAAAUAUGGAUUCUGUAACGAUACUGUACAGUACUCUGUGGCAUUGCAUUGGAAGACUGUGAUUCCUUUUGCUCUGGAAUAAAGUGAUAUUAAAGGGCAAUAUGUCUGGUUUGUUCUGGUUUGAACGAGAAUCAGCAGUAGGAAAAAGUGGAUGAAGUAAAAAAA